AUGGCUUCGCGUCCGCGGCUCCGAUCGAGCAGCCGAAAAGACUCGCCGAUUUCUCCUCCCAAGCCGGCUUCCCUCAGUGUUGUUAUCGACGCGUCUCUGAAUCAAAACAAACGUCAGACGCGGUCAUCCCGAGAAACCCCAACAGCGCAACAACCGUCGCAAGAUGUUGAGCAGGGUCUUUCCACUCUCGUUGAAGAGAAACAACUAUCGGAACAGAUUGAGGAUUUCAACAGCAGUAUUUCCGUCUCAUCAGAAGGGUCCUCCAUAACAUCAUCCUUGGAGAGUCUAUUAGAUGCCCUGGAUCGAGAGUCCAUCAUCGAUAAUCUCAUCAAAUUGCGCAAUGACUCGGACGCCGUCUUCUCAAUCUUUGAGCGUGGUGGUAAAAACGGAGUCGUGGACAUCUGUGCAAAGCUGCUGCGAUCCGACCCUUUACUCUGCCGAAAAUUAUUGUCCCGCGAGGAACAGCUCUUAACCACCGUGGAAGUGUAUGGAGGUAGCCCGGGUUUCAUCAUUCCAGCAGUUAUUAUACGCAAAUUAGCUGGCGAUGGUGAACCGCGCGAGAUCAACAACACUCCCUGGCGCCCGGACGGCGUUCUCUACUUGGCCAAUCUCGCAUUGCAAUUGGUCCAGGUGUUCAGACGAUCGUUGGAGGAACGUCGCACUUACCUCGAGUUUAUGUUUCAUAACUUCCCAGCACCAUUUCAUGAUCUCGACGCGUUCCCAUUCUCAGAUGACAUGGUAAAAGACACUUACCACUUCUAUAUGGAGAUUCUCACUCAGUUCUAUAUCCUGCAAGUCGAGAUCAGCCACGGUGACGAAGUGUUUGAUCCUGACGAGGUUCUCGGGUCUGUCUUUUACGACGAACACAAUAACAUAAAGGGCUCAUCAGAUGAGGAGACGUACGCGAAAGCAAUGACGCGCAUGUCCUCCAUAAGAUCGCAUUUCAGCACGGAAGCGCACCCGUGGAUUAACGUGGAGGCUCUAAGACAACAAUUUCUCUGGUCAGAUUUUGUGGUGCAGGCGGCCAGAUGGAGCCUGGCCCGCAAAGGGGAGCUGGACGACAUGAUCAAUUCGAAAGGCGGUAUAGAGAAGCUCAUCGAUGCACUUAUUGCUGAUGACUUCCAAGACGAGGCUGGGCCAGCCGGUGGUUUCACUCAAGCGUCGGAGUUGGCAGAUCCUAAAACCAAAGCGCUGAGCCCUGUCGCGGACCAUAACCAAGCAGAGCAUGUUGGGGAUGCCAAUCCCAAAUAUACAAGCUCGACACAGAAGGUGAAAACAGGGCCUUUGUUAGGCAAAGCCAUGAAAGCCAACAUUGACCGACUCAAGGCUUUCAAAGUCAAGCAUUCUGCACGCAAUCCCCGAGACAAAGUUCAUCACGUGUCUCCAACUCCACCAGAACCAGAGCAGGAGAUUCCACAGUCUCCAUCGCCAGUUGUGGAUGAGACUCAACCAGCAGCUAUUGAUGAAAGUGAGGGCCAAGUACCGAUUCUUCCUCAAGCUAGCGCCUCUGCCCAAGAGAUCGCCCCAACCCAGCAAACAAACAUAGUCCUAGAGACUGUUCGCCGUCAGAAUCAACAGAGUGACAAGGAAAAUAAGAACGAGAAAGCUAAAAAAACCUCGUUGCUCGACCGCCAAGAGGGGGCAGAGAGGGUGGAAUGGGACGAGCCGUCUGAUAAUGGGGACACUCCGCCGCCACCUCAGCCUCUGAAACGUCGACGACCUCAAGCAAGCAAAGAUGACGCCGGCCCCGACGAGUUUGAGACGGAUAAGAGGGCAACAAAAAGAGCUCGUGCCAGUGGUGAUUUUAGCAGAGGACCAUUACUGACGACCCGUGCGAGCCUCGAAGUGGAAGAGGAGCAUAUCACACCUAUCAACAAGGAUGCUCGUAUCUCUGACAAGACCCGCGCGGUUGCUUUUGCAAAUCGAGGCCAGCAUUCAAGACCGACCCAAAUUCGGUCACAAUCGCCAGAUGCCAUCCCGGGCACAGUGCCAAUCUCAUCAAAUCCGGCACCAUCCCGUACACAGACAUCGCCAUCAAGCCGAGUAAUUCUUGAACCUAUUCCAGCGGCCAAAAGAAGACUCCCUCCUUCGAGCGCACCCGUUCGAACUCAUCCCGAAAGUUUCGGGUCAUCAAGAUUGCCUUUAGAGAGACUGCCCGCAUCCCAACUCAGCCGUGUGAGCCAGGAAGCCAAGGAAAGGGUGCGUAUGUCUCGCGAGUUGUUACAUGCUCCACAAGGCGGCCAAGUCCGUAGACCUUAUACGGAGGAGGAGGUUGAUCGACUGUUGGAACUGAUUGCUCUGCACGGGACACGGUGGGCGAGGAUCUUGCAAGAAGACAACAGACACGAGGAUGGACCGAGGUUGCAAGACCGAACCCAGGUGCAACUGAAGGACAAGGCACGCAAUAUCAAGUUGGUUUAUCUCAAAUCCGGUCACCGCCUACCACCAGGGUUUGAGAGUGUGAGUGUGGGCCUCAGGAAAAUUCAGGAGUUGCAAGAACUCGGUAUAAGCUACAUCGAAGGCCAGAAUGGCGCCCGCUAUGCCCGACGUCGGCCGUACGCCGAUGAUGGUGUUGAAGAUAUCGACGACAUUGAGGAUUAG